AUGUUCAAGUAUAGCACCUUUCAACAUGAACUCACAAUCACUGUGUAUUUCUUUAUUCCUCCUUCUUACAAUUAUUCUAUUUCUAUCUUUCCCUCCUCUCAAACUGUUCUCCUCUUCACACAAACCAUAAACACUACCUUCCAAAUAUUCACAUUUAACUUUCUGUCUCUUUCUAUCUUUUUAUGUAUUCACAUAUAUCUGCUCUCUUUUGAUAACUUUUUUCUGGUUUAUACGCUUUUUCACUUUCUCCUUUUCUCCUCUCACACUAUCUCCUUUAACUUUUUUUUUAUCAACACUUACUCUCUAUUAAUAUUUCGCCUUUCUUAUACUCCUACCUUGCUUUUUCAUUUUCUCUUCCUUAUAUGUAUAUUCUUUCCCUAUUUUCUCUUUCAUUCACCUUUUUACACCUACCUACCUACCUACCUACCUAUCUAUCUAUAUCUAUCUAUCUAUCUAUCUAUCUAUCUAUCUAUCUAUCUAUCUAUCUAA